AUGUUCACAGAAAUCUUUCUCGUCGUCGUCUUCAUAACUGUCUACUUCACAUAUAAACGAUGGUCGCACUUUUCUAUUUCCCAAGUUCCCGGACCUUCAUCUAAUUCAUUCUUAUAUGGAAACCUACCAGAACUUCUACAAGCACAAGCCGGCGAGGUCGACUUCAAAUGGCAAGCGAUGUACGGAGAUGUCCUCCGCGUUCGUGCGCCUUUGGGAGAAGAUCGCCUCUUCAUUUCAGAUCCCAAAGCUCUUCAAUAUAUCUAUCACACUGCGAGUUAUAAAUUCCCCAAAGUAAUUGGGCGACGUCAUCUAUCGCGUCUAUUUGUUGGUCCUGGACUCACGGUUGUGGAUGGCGAAGACCAUAAACGUCACCGAAAAGUCAUGCUCCCUGGAUUCGGUGGUCCAGAAUCAAAAUCGUUCUUCCCGAUAUUCUUUGCGUGUGCUGAGAAGAUGACUCAAAAGUGGAAGGAAACCAUGGAACUGAGCGGUAGCCAAUCAAUUGUCGUCAACGUGACGCCUUGGGUUUCUCGCGCGACUUUGGAAGCUAUCGGUGAAGCCGCAUUUGACUACCAGUUCGGAGCCCUGGAUAGCGUGGAUCACCCCAUUGCGAAGGCCUACACCAAUUUGAUGUUUGACACCUUCGGUCUACCAACGAAACGCGCGAUCCUGUCCCUCUCUAUCAUGGACAACCUCCCAUACAACCUCGCGGGAUUUAUUAUGGAAAACUCCCGAUCCGCGCGUCUUGCUCACGCACAGAAGACGAACAAGCUGUCCACCGUACUAGCUAAAGACCUUGUCACGGAGAAAUCCAAAGCCCUGCUCGAGGGAAACAGCCGCAGGGAUAUCAUGAGCAUGCUGGUCAAGGCGAAUGCUUCCGAGAACCCCAAAAAACGAUUGGAACAAAGGGAGUUACUGGCUCAGAUGAAUACGAUUAUCCUCGCGGGCCACGAAACGACAGCCAACUCCAUAUCCUUUGCGCUUCUGGAGGUAUGCAGAAAGCCCGAGAUCCAAGAGAGACUUCGUAGAGAAAUUCGCGCUGCGGAGCGGGUCGUCCGCCAACGUGGUGAUAGCAGCUUCUUGCCGUCUGAUUUCGAGUCGAUGCUCUACCUAUCGGCGAUGGUCAAGGAGACGUUCCGCUAUCAUCCUGUGUUGUAUAACAUUUUCAGGUAUGCCGCCCAAGAUGACGUGCUUCCGUUAAGCACACCCGUCACUACCACUUCGGGGAAAGUCUUGCACGAGCUACCGAUCCCCAAAGGCACUCAGAUCAUCGCUUCUGUUGCAGCGUACAACAGGAAUAAGGAAAUCUUCGGCGACGACGCCGAUGUCUUCAAUCCUGAUCGGUGGUUGCGCAAUACUAUUCCUAACACGAAAUCAGCUUUGGGCGUUUAUGCGAGCCUGUUUACAUUUGCUGGUGGCUCCAGAUCGUGCAUUGGGUGGAGAUUCGCCGUUAUGGAAUUACACGCAUUCAUGAUUGAGCUUUUGGGAACGUUUGAGUUUUCGCUUGACGAUAAUGAGGAGAUUAGGAGAGAGUCGACAUUUGUUAUGACCCCAACGAUUGAAGGCCAAAUUGAGAAAGGUUCUCAGCUGCGUUUGAAGGUCAAGCUGGCAGCGAGGGACGAAUGA